AUGAAAAAAACACAUAGAGCUGCUGCCAUUGGUUUAUUAAGGAAUGGUUACAUUGUCCAUACUCAGCCUAUUAAACUCGAAAAAAGUUACAUAACAUUAAAAAAUACUUGUAGUUUAGAUUCGCUGGCACAACUUUUAUGCGUAGGGUAUUGUGAUAGUGAAAAUUUUAAAAUUGCCAUCGAUCAAUGUACUGAUAAUGUACUAUGCGAACUUGUAAAGAAAAUCAUAAGCUCCGGAGUAACACCAGCAUAUAGGAUUCGCGCAAAGCUUCUCUUUGAUAAUUUUCCACACAUUCAACUUCCUAAUGAGAUAAUCUGUGUUCUUGGGGAAGGUACUAUUUGUGAUACCAUAACAAAAUCUUUUUAUAACUUAGAAAUGGGCCAUACAGUUACUUUCUGUGAAAAUUGUGAAAAUAAAUCUAUUAAAAAGCUUCAUUACAUAUCAGUUGAAAUAAAUAAUGCAUCCAAAAUAGACAUAUCAAAGGCUGUUUCUCAUAGCACAUACAAAAGAUGUGAUAAAUGUCUUAAAGAUAGAGUAACAACGCAAUUGGUUGAAGUUGUUAAUAUGGAUGAGGAAAUGGAAAUUAAUCCCGAGAAUUUCAAACUGAUCGAAAUUGAUGGAUCACCAUUUGCAAACGAUGAAAAUCACAUAUAUUUACAACAUGUUCUAGAUGGAAGCAUUAUAAUUGCACCUUUAGAUGAAGAGAUAAAAAAUAUGUUUUUUCCAUGUCAAGCCACACAGCAGUCAACUUCAAUGCAUAAGAGCAGUGGAACUCGAACAUGGACUCGAUCUGACAUUCUAGCAUUAAUAGAUGCAGUGAAAAACCAUCAGGAAAAAUUCAAGUCCAGUACAAUGAAAAAUGACGCUGUUUGGAAAAUUAUUUCUGCUACAUUGGAAAAAAAAAGAAAAUGUUUCACAGCGACUCAGUGUAAAGACAAAUAUAAGUAUCUCAAAGGAAAAUAUAUGAAAAAAAAAGAUAAUAUGAGUGACAGAUCCAGUGGUGCGGAAUUUAUAAAAUUUGAAUAUUUCCACGAAAUGGACGAAUUUUUGGGAACGUCCCAUAAUGCAAACCCUAUUGCCUUGGCUUCUAACAUCAAAAAGCACCAAGUCCCAGACACAGAAGAACGCAAUAUGUUAGACAGUGAUGAUAAUGACACUGAUACAUCGGAGCCUAGUUUGAAGAAGAAAAAAAUUGCCACUAAGCGAAAAUUGCCAGAAAAGGAGAGUCCCCUUCAGAAAUAUGUCAAAGAGUUACAUGAAAAUACAAAUAAAAGAGAAGAUAAUAUGGAAAGACGCCAUAAAGAAAAUGUGGAAUCACGCAAAGAAGCAUUAAAUGUCUUUGCUCAAAAAAUGGAUGCUAUUAUAUCAAUAAUGGCUAAUAAAAACAAGCAAUAGAGAUAAUAAAAAAAAUUACAAUUUUUUUUGUUAUUUUGUUCAAAAGUUUAUUUGUUG